CAGUGCAAAAUUAAAAAUACAUGUGAAACAACUGUAAUAAAGCAACACGUACAAUUCCUUCUUGUUUUAAAUAAAUAUUCAUAUUCCUUAUAACAUUCAAAUUACAGAUUUUGUUAAAGCACAAAGUAACUUACAAUUUUUGUCCCGUGGUUUGCUCUGCUCUUGUAGAACAGUGCCCUCUACAGGCCUUUGAAUGACUCAAAGUCAUUUAUCAUGAGUUGAGGGAACACAUCAUUAAGUUGAACUGGCCUCUCUUGCCCUAGGUUGUAUUAUGAGUUAAACAACGUCACCGUGGGCCUCACUGGCCUGUUUCCUGCCCUAAGUUACUUACACCUUUCAUUUCACCUUUUACCUGUAAACCUCUCUCUCUCUCUCUCUCUCUCUUUUACUCUCCCUCUCUCCUCCUUCCCUUUCCCUACUGUAUAAAAUUGAUUCCUGUAACACUAGGCAGUGAGAGUUGUGUUGGCAUUGUAGACAUGACAUCUGUUCUCUCUCUCUCCUCUGUUCUCUUGGCUCUAAAACUGUGCUCAGGUGAGUGGUGCUACCAGAGCCAGUUCUCAUGCAAUGACACAUGUAAAGAGCCCAAUCACUGGCACAAGAUUUUUCCAAAAUGUGGAGGACAGAGCCAGUCACCCAUCAACAUUGUCACACGCAAGGUACAACAUGACUCAAAUCUGACCGGCUUCAUCUUCGAGGGUCAUGAGGACGGUGUCACCAUCACUGUGGAAAAUCACGGACACUCAGCUCACUUCGCGCUUCCUUCAUCUGUGCGGCUCUGUGGUGGCGGUCUUCCGACCACAUACAAGGCCGUUCAGUUUCAUCUGCACUGGGGAGAGGAGCAGCAGCCGGGCUCGGAGCACUCUGUGGAUGGGGAGCGCUAUCCUAUGGAGCUCCACAUUGUUCACAUUAAAGAGCAGUACAGCAGCUUGCAGGAGGCUGAGAGUGACACGACGGGGAUAGCAGCACUUGCCUUCUUUUUUGAGGUCACUUCAGAGCCCAACAAACACUUUGAUAGAGUUAUAGAGGCUUUAGGAAGAGUUCGGUAUCAAGGGAACAGUAGUACCAUUUUAGGGUUUAGACUGGCUGACAUCAUCCUUCCUGCGAGUAAACUGAGUUACUAUCGGUACUCAGGCUCCUUGACCACUCCAGGGUGUGACCAGAUUGUUGUGUGGACUGUGUUUCAUCAGACUCUGCCCAUUAGCCAAAAGCAGCUGGCAUUAGUGACUCGACAGCUGUUAUACAGGACAGAAAAACCCAUGACUGGAGUAUUCCGUCCCAUGCAGAAUCUGAAUAGACGAAUUGUGUUCACGUCUGUGAAAAGUGACGGUGUGCGUGCACUGCCAGGUCUAAUAACCCUGUUUCUGUGCUUCUUUUGUGCUUUUGGACAACAAAGGUGAUUUGGUUGAAUGGUAGAGAACACAUUUUAAGCAGUUUUUUUAAAAAAAAACAAGUUUAAACCAACACAUUCUCACUGGCGACUCGUCACAUAUUUACGCUCGGUCAGCGCCCUUCGGCGUCACGUUUGAACGCUCAAGGUACUCCUUUGGCGUCGUUUUUCGACGUGAAGGGCACGCGAAUUUCACCGUCAUUAUGAAAAUGUAUAUUAGAUAUAAUUUGCAAUGAUGUUUCGGGGUUUAAUUUAAGUUUAAUGGCCAGGAUAAUUGCGUUUACAUGACACUAUUCAGACAGUUUGAGCAAGUAAUGUUUAUUGAAUGUUUAAAACAGUUUAUUUAUCGUAAUAUAAAACACAUAAUACAAGCAGUCACAGUGUCGUUCAAAAAUACAGAUAUUCCAAGGGUACCAACGCGAAACGAUCGAUUUGUAAGAGGAACAGAUGCGAAAGCGAUCACCGUCCGCCGUAAAUCUCAAAUCCAGUGAAGAACAACGUUCAAAAUUUGCCGCCAGAGGAAGUUACGUCAGCGUCGAUGCCACUGGCUCUCCCGUGUCUCGUGUCCGACGCGUCAUUUCGUUGGCUUUGAACGUGAAACGGUAUUGGCUCCCGCAACCGACUGCAUCAAGCUGUUCCGGUUUAUCUUUUGAAUGGGAGCCGAGUCAGCCGACUUCAUGUAUUCACGGACACGCACGGCAUCUUCAUGUAUAGUUAUCGUACGGCAUGACACCAUUCAAAAGAAAAUCGUUCCAGACGCUACGUUAAGAGUUCUCGAAUGGUGCAGCUUUGACUACGGAUGCCAAACUUGAAAUCACGGUUAAGAAUAGAUUUUUUUAGGUCAACAUAAAAUGUAAAAUGUAUUUUUUUUUAACUUUAUUAAUGUAUGUACUGAAUCUUAUUGUUAAUGAUUCAUCUGUGCUCUUUAUUUAAAAUAAAAACUUAAGCUUAGCUUUUUUGAUGGAUGAAUGUGUCUUUAUCAAUAUUCCAGUGUUCGUUUCUUUAGCUUUUCUCAUUUAGCCUUUUGCUUUUCAGAAUAAAUGUUGUUUAAGUAUGAAGUAUCCAAUAAUGUCUUGCAUUUGGAAUGCAAUGCACUAAUGCAUUUACUCCGUAGAACUUAGAUUGUUGCACUAGUUACAUGAUUUAUUUAAGUUUUUAAUAAUAUAAUUGUAUUUUUACAUGAUCAGCACAAAUUUCAUUUAUGUUUCUGUCAUGUUUAAUAAUAAAAAUUCCACUGUUAGAAUAUUAUGUUUAUGCAAACCACAGAGGUCUUUAUAUCGAACUUCAUAACUAUUGAUGACUAAAGAUGUGAAGACCUGA